AUGUCGUGCCCGACCCCAGCCGAGGGGCUGACGGCAUGGGCCCAGUCUGGUGCAAAGGUGCCAGCAGCCAGGUCUCGCGCGGAGGCCGUCGCUAAGCCAGAAACUGGUGAAAGCGCUUUGGCACCAGGACCUGCGGCGACAUCAGCCAGUGCCAGUGAUGCGAACGUUCCGCCUCCUGCACUCCCAGAGUCUGACGGAUGGGAGGCACAGUUCGCCUGGGGUGUAUACUAUAGCAAAAGAGCCUGCCUGGCUUCCGAGUCUGCUGCUGGUCCGUGGGCUUCGGACUGGAAGGGCUCCCGUGCCGGAGUUCCACGGCAGAUGUUAAGAGCAGAGGAUCUGCUUGCAUCAGCUGUUCAAGCAGCUCCACAGCAGCAUCAGCGUGUCAAGCUGGCAGAGCGUGCAUUGCGCCUCUACUAUCAUGCCAAGUGGUUGGCAGAGCGAAAUCAUGCGACUGCUGCUGAAUGGCGCUAUCGGGAGGCAAGUCGCUUGGCUCGACAAACGCGACGGAAUGUCCUAGCAGCCCACUCGCUAGGUCGUCUGGGGUACUUCUUGAUCCACUGGCGGCGGCUACACGAAGCGAAAGAGGCCUUGCAUGAGUCGCAGAGAAUCAGCUCGAAGUCAAAUCCAUUGGCACCGUAUUUGUUGGGAUUGCUCGAGCGGCAGGAUGCUGGCAAAGACACGGCGCGCAUCCUUGCUGCAGAGGAGCUUAUCAUCAAUGCGGGAGAGCAGCCUUCCUCGGAUCUCGAAGCGGAGAGGCAGCGGUUGAUGCAGGUGCCCCGGGCUCAGACUGCUGCGAUCUUGGAAGACUCAGUGUUGGACUCCUAG